CCAGAGAGGCCGUACCAGGCACGCGAGGACAUCCAGAAGAUCUCGGUCGUGCACUGGGGGCAGCGCAAGCUGUUCGUCGCGGAGAUGUCGUUCCUCUCGGCACACUACACCCCAUCCAUCACGACCGUGGUGUACGCCGGUGCCGCGCCAGGGACACACUUGGUCGAGCUCAUGCUGAAAUUCCAGAAGCUCUCAUGGGUGCUCGUCGACCCCGAGCCCUUCCAUCACAAAUUGCGCGAUUUCUACUCGUCGAGCGUGACGCUCAUCCAAGACCGCUUCACCGACGCGUUCGCGGCCCAAUUCGCAGGGAGGAACGACGUCCUGUUCAUCUCGGACAUCCGCACUGCCGAUCACAACCGCGACAACAAGGAGGAGAACGAGCGGAAGAUUGCACAGGACAUGCAGAACCAGAAGCGAUGGUUCCGGAUCAUGAAUCCAGUGGCCGCACUCUUGAAGUUCAGGCUCCCCUGGGACAAUAGGAUGACAACCUACCCCAUGGGAAAGAUCCAGUAUCCCGUCUGGGGGCGCGUGUCCACGACGGAGACACAGCUUAUCGUGCUUCAAAACGCUCCCGACACGGUGUACGACAACAAGAGGUACGAGAGCAAGAUGUUUUAUCAUAACACGAUCGCGAGG